AUGAUCGCACGGGUUGUGGCCGAUAGUUUUCGCUCUUCAACGCCCUUGUCGCGAUGGGUGGCCGCUCCGUAAGUUUUUAUUUGGCGGUCCUCCUCGCUGCAUGUGGCCUGUUGAUAGCCGACGAUAUCGGCGACGUCGGCAAUGCUGCCGAUGGACUGUCGCUGAUGAAAGAUCCGCGUUGUUCGCCAUCGUUCAGCGUGAUCCUCAGCUUGGAGAACAGCAGUUUUUUUUAUAAUGGCAUCGUCUAUCCGGCCGAACUGCGCUGGACUGACGGCAAUGUCACUUAUGGUUGCAUUUGCAGAUUACGUAAUUGCAUCAGGAAAUGCUGCCGAAAUGAUGAGGUUCUUCGCGAAAAGAAGAACAAUUACGAGAUAUGCCAGAAGAUGCCCCAGAACGAUACGGAGCUGAUGACCGAGACACCUCAUUUGCGUCUAUCGAGGAAGCAAAUGACCGAAGAGAUUCAACACAUUGAAAAUCUGAAGAACCUCUUCCACUUGGUGCAGGAUAAUACCUGUCCUCCUGGUCGCGUGUACUACGCUCUUAAUCCCGAUAAUUACGGUGACGAGAAGAUUAUUCUCCAGGCGAAUGGCAGCUUUGUCGACACUGAUGGGAAGAUCUUUCCGUUCUGGAAUUAUUGCAUUGAUUGGAAAGUGACUGUCAAUCGAAUUGGCAUCUUGGUUUGCUGGACGCCGGAAAACGAAGCGAACGUAGAUUUUCAUUAUCAUGUGGGCAUCAUAGUGUCCAUUCCGUUCCUCAUUGCCACUUUCUUGGUGUAUGCAAUUACUCCCGAGUUAAGAAACCUCUACGGCAAGACGCUCAUGUGUUAUGUCAUCUGCUUAAUUAUCGCCUAUGUCUUCCUGAUCUUGGCCAACUAUAUUUACAUGAUUCCAAUACGCCCGUUAUGCUUCAGCACAGCCCUGUUCAUCGUGUUUCACGUGAUCUUGAUCGCGGCUGCUACUUUCGAAAGCGAUCAGACAGAGGAAGAGCCAGAGGAAUCAAAAUGGAAGGAAAAUUUUAUCGUUCCUCAUGUUUAUCUGGAGAAAACGACCGGUAUCGAUGGUAACAGCUCCGGGAAGCCCCGCGUGUCGCUAUGCUGUCGUGUCGGCACUUUCCUCAACGGAGACAAUUGCGUGGAGGCCACCAUGAACGGGACGGAAGCAGUACAGUUGCCACUGAUCUACGAAAUGGAUCUUAUAUCGGCGAAUGUCACUGCAAGUGAAAAAUAUUUUGAUUUUGUAAUAUGGAAUCCAUGUGCUGGUAUGGAACGAUAUUCUUUGAAUCCGCGUGUAUACAAGGACGAUGAAUGGUACCUACUAUCCAAUGGCACCAUAAUACUACCUCUGUCUGAAGAGCCGGAGGAGAGUCUCCUCGAUCAUUAUCAUUACUGUCUGGCGCGAGUGGAAAGUUAUGAGUAUCCAGAAUAUAUGGUGUUCUUCUGCGAUGAAGUGAUCGAAGACGACAACGGCGGGAUCAUAUAUUCAUUCGGGAUGCUCGCAUCCGUCCCGUUCUUGGUCGUCACGUAUGUUGUCUACUGGUUGCUGCCCGAGCUGAGGAAUCUGCAUGGUCGGACAUUGCGCGGAUACGUCGGCUGCCUAGCGAUGGCGUACAGCAUACUGGGGAUGUUACAACUGACACCGCAAGAACAAAUCCCAAACGGCAUCUGCAUCGCAAUCGCUUUCAUCAUCCACUUCUCGUUUUUGGCAAGCUUCUUCUGGCUAAAUGUGAUGUGCUUCGACAUUUGGUGGACAUUCGGGGGAUUCCGUUCGUUACAAGGAAGCGUAAAGCAACGAGAGAGAAAAAAAUUCAUUAUAUAUUCGAUUUACGCGUGGGGAAGCGCUUCCCUUCUCAGUAUCAUUUGUGCCAUCAUGGAUUUCGUUCCCAGCGUGCCAAAGGAAUUGAUCCGACCGGAAAUUGGUGUCACAAAAUGCUGGUUCAAGACGGACGAGGCGAGGGCGUUAUAUUUUUAUGGACCCAUGGGUGUCACUGUUCUCUGCAACAUUUGCUUGUUUAUCUCUACAGCAUUAAAAAUUGUGCGUCACAAGAAGGACACAGCUCAUCAUUUGAGAGGCUCGGAAAGCAGACGCCACGAUGACAAUAAGCAGUGGUUCAAUCUGUAUCUGAAGUUAUUCAUCGUGAUGGGCAUAAACUGGUCUAUGGAAAUAAUAUCAUGGCUAAUCACGAGUGCGCCGCCAUACGUCUGGUAUCUUACCGAUCUGACAAAUACCCUGCAAGGUCUCAUCAUCUUCAUUAUAUUCGUAUGGAAGAAGAAAAUCAAGCGGUUGCUGUUAAAACGUUUCGGCUGUCAGAAUCGUGAUUUGUUCUCCAGAAACUCAACACGCAGUGGCAAUCACAGUUCAGCUUCGCGUACCUGCACUACUACAUCAGGCGUAAUGUCUCUGCAGGAGAAGGUCAAUCCUUACGUGCAAACAAAUUGCCGCGUGAAAAGUUCAUCCGAUGAGGCUGAUCCUUGAAUGUUGCAAUGCAAGAGAAAGAUUGCACUAUGUGAAAUAGAAAUCGAUGAUUAUAAUGAGCAGUUAGGUGGUGCCGUAAUUUAAUUCUCUACUCGAGAAUUAAUUUUACAUUGCUUGCGUUGAUCUCUCUUAUUAAGAACACCGAAAUUGGUGUUUUCCAUCUCUCUUUUUUAUUCCUUUAAAAUGUACUUACAAGUUUUUUUAUCUUUUUUGCAAUCCAAAGAUGAUUAAAGAAAUCAAUCAACUCGGGUAGAAAGGUAUCUAUUUGAUAGGUGUCUAUAUGACGUAAUUAAUUAAUCGUUCUCGACAAAUCAGACGUCCUAUCGUUGUAAAAAUAACGUAGAUUUGUUACAGCCACAUAAUGCCAUACAAACCGACGUCAAAAAUACGUAUUAUCAUUUUCGUGCUAUUAAUAAUGUUAUUAAUUGAUCACUAAUAACGUUAUCAAUGUACCAUCGAUUAGUCAUUUAUCUAACGUCAAUAAGUAUAAGUAUGACGUUGUAAAUACGUCGUAGAAUGGAUAAAUGACGUCAGUAAUUUAAAAUGACUAACUAUUGACGUCAAAGUAACUACAACUUGCUACCUGGGAAAUUACUUUGCAUCUAUUUUCGUCUCCAUUAAAAUGAUAAAAGCAUUAUUGUGUAUUAUAUACAUUGA